GGCCGAUUUAGGUCUUCAUUUCUCCGUAGAUAAUAGCACAGAAUAUAAUAAUAGUAGGACCGUGUGCCGUCACUGCCGUCUUUCAACAGUUUCAACAGUGUCCUCUGUGCAUUAUAUCCAUUAUUUGACUAUUGCUUUAUUUACUAUGGACUUACCAUGUUGGUCCGAGUUUUUAAAUUAAUAACAUUAGUAAGUCGUGCUUGCGGUAUAGCGUCGAGAGUGGAGACCACCGUUAUCAGACAUCCGACGAUGGCUAACGUAAUGAUGGCCAUCCUCAAAACUGGAAGUUUCAAAGACAGAAAAUGUCUGCACCACAUCAUUUUACAAAUGUAUUGAAAAUCUACACGGUUGUGAUUUCGUUUAAAUUACAUACCUGACGGAAUACCUGAGUACAUGAUAAACUUUCAAUUACAUUAGUGUGGAUUAAGUAACUGAAAAAUCAUAUACAUCAGCAUAUAUUAUGCUGUUUGACGUGACACAUCAAGAUCCGAUCCUUUAAUUUUGGGUUUGGCAUACUAAAUGGUAUUUUACUGAUGUUCACUACUAUAGUAGUUGUUUUCCAUUAGAGUAAGUACAAGCCAUGACUAUGUACCAACCAAUUAAAGAGGCAAUUCAGUUGGUAGCAACACCAACAAAUCAUCCAAAAUCGGUGCUAAUAAAUAGUAAAAAUACCAAACUUGAGGAAAUUAUAAUGAAUAUUCAAAAUAUGUCACCAUUCAGAUUCAUUUUAUUUAUAAUCUCAAUUUUAUUUUGUUUUACUGUUAUAAUUGGUGUUUUAUUUAUAGUACCAUGUGAAUGGUCUAACUGUAUUUCUCCAAAAAACAUUAAGUUGACUUGGUCUGAUUCUGUUUUCAUUGACAUAGAGUUAAAAGGCAAACCAAGUACAAUUGAGUUAAACCAGAAACUUAUACAAUUGUUAUUUAUAGUAAGAGGAUCAAUUCUCAAUAGCCAAAAUGUACCACCUAGAACAGAACGUUUACCAUCAAUUGGAGGUGGUCUUUUGCAAAUUGAUACAAUUACUGGCAAAGAAAUGUGGCGUAAACGAUUGGAUUCAUUACCUGAUACAAUUGAUUGUACGUUAUUAAAUAAUCAGUUCAAAGAAAACAAAGAAGUAUACUGUAUAGUAGGAGCAUCUAAUAGAAAUAUAUUAGCUGUUGUGUCCAGCAGUAAAAAUAAAGGUGAUCUUGUAUGGAAAAAAAGUAGACCGGAGUCAAACACUACUAAAUUAAACAACAUUAACGACCUAUUAUACAUGGAGUUUCCAGUUAUAAUACCUGAUUGCGAUUCUGAUGGUGUCAAUGAAAUUGCUUUUGUGCACCAUGAAAAUGAUAUGCCUACAUUAGAUAUUUUAUCUGGAAAAAGUGGAAACAAAUUAAUGAGUAGUAUACGCAAUGAUAAUUGUACUAAAAUGACUGAUCUCAUUUUAAACUAUGAUAUGUCAUUGGUCUAUUUUUGUCGUAAAAAUACUGUCGUAGAUCCUUUAGAAACGAUUCCAAUUAAAACUAUAUUGAAUUGUUCUCGUGAUUGGAUACCAGAUUCAGUUCACCAAACUAAGCGAGAACAUGAUCAAAUUGAAGAAAAUCAAUAUUCAAUUAUACAUGGACCUUAUAAUCUUUGGAUCAAUAAUAGCUAUCAUAAUUGUCCAACUAAUUGUAUGGCGGUUGUGUAUGUGACAAAUAGUUCUAAUGAAAUAGUUUGGUCUAAGAAAAUUGAUCAUUCUUAUAUUAUGAAACCAGUGACAUUUGAAUUGCGCAACAAUAUUUCUGGAUUUGUUAUCAAAAUUUGGUCUUGGAAUAAUGAAACAACUAAGAAUAAAAUAAAGUUUACUAACAUUGAAAAAAUUGAAUAUAUUCAAGAACAAGUUAUAGUAAUUACAUUUAAUUCAUCCAAAUCUGAAGACUUCCAUAUUAAAAACAUAAGUUCAAACAGAAUUUUACAAGUAUGUGAAAAUGAAUCAAAUUGUCAGCCAAAAUUAGAAUAUCAAAAAUAUUCAUUGAAUGUGAUGGAUAUAGACAACGAUGGUUACAGAGAAUUGGUUUCUGUAUUAGUUACAUAUAAAUUUAUCAAUGCAUUCAGUCAGUUCUAUUUGAAUGAUAAACACUCAUUACAGCUUAUAUCAAAAGUUAAUGUUUAUCAAUUAGAAAAUCAACUUAUUGGAUAUUUUGAAAAUGAAAUGUUUGUUUGAAUUGGAUUAUUGUAAGAAAUAAGAAUAUAAAUUAUUAGCUAAAAUAGAUGUGUUUUUGUUUUUGUAACAUAAAUAAAUGAGUUUAAAGGUAAAAA